AAGUUCUUGAGCUGCUCGUUGUUGCGAGCUCUGCAUGGCAAACUGCGCUUUUGCAUGACAGGCAAGCGACUCUCAUCCUUCUCAUGCAUCAACUGAGUUAGGAGUCAUGAGAGACAAGCAUGACAAACUCGUGCAUUCUUCCAGACCCAGACAUAUUUGCGGUUGAUAAGGACAUUUUACUCCGCUUCCGCUCCGUGCGACAUUUGUACCAACUUGCCACGUAUCCUGUGCAAAAGUAUCGUACUAGUAUGAAUUGCAUCACAAAUUGACUUAGCAUGAUUACAGAUUAAAUUUGUAAUGCGGAUUUGCCUUAGGAAAAAGAUUUGUAAUGCAUAAACGCAGUACGAGUACGAUGCUUUUGCACUGCAUACCACGAACAACGAGCACGAUUUCCUGUACCCAGAGCUGACGGAGAAAAUGCAAAAGUACCAGGCGUAUCAAAUGUAUAAAAUGUCUGGGUCUGGAAGAUUCUGACACUUGUCAUGCACGUUUUGCAUGAGCCAUGAUCAUGAUGUCCGUGAUGCAUACCCUAGCAAUACAGAUUUUUUGAGGGCUUCUUGAUGCCUAUCCCGCAUGACAAAUGCCUUCUCGGAGUAGCAAAAAUUGCAUUCCCCUUGCUACCCAUGCAAUACAGAUUUUUUUGGAAUCCAGAUGCAGCAUCACAAGUUGCAUUCUUCCAGACCCAGACAUUUUUGCAUUUGAUAAGGCGAAAAUUAUGAAGACCGCUUUAACCUGGUGGCGGAUUGCCCUGGAGUUGUAGAACAAAUUGAUUGCUAUUACUUAAAGAUGCAUCGCAAAAAAUGUACUUCUAACCCCUUUAUCCCCGGACGUCUGCAAGGAUGCAAGCUUGCGCUGCGCAACAU